UCGUUUCGCAGCAUCGUCGCCGCCUUGCUGGGGAUCCCCAGAAGAUGAGCGUUCUUGAGUACCCAGACGCGUUCGACGCGCCGGAGCUCCAGAUAUGGAACAACGCCGCCUUCGACAACGGCGAAUCCGAAGAUUCCUCCGCCGCCGUCGCCGCCGCCGCCGCCAAGGCCUCCUGGUCUUCCGUCAACCCCGUCUUCGUGAAGCUCUCCGAAUCCCUCGAGUCGGACGAUUUCUGCAAGGAGAACCGGAGCCCCGAGUGCGCCAAUUCCCGGGUCUCGCUCAAGUCCUCCGUCCCUUCGAGAGUCCAGUGGAGGCAGAGCGUGCUGGAGCCUCUGUCGGCGAAGGCCGAAGAUCGAGAAGACGACAAGGGCGGGGGCGGCAGGAGCAGCAUCGAUGCGGAGAUUGAGGAAAUAGAGGAGGAGAUCACGCGCCUGUCGUCGAGGCUCGAGUCGCUUCGCCUCGAGAAGGCCGCGGCGGCGGCGGCGGGGGAAGAGAAGAAGCCGCCUCGCGGGAGGGCUGUGGCGGCCAAGUUCAUGGAGCCGAAGCAGGUGGGGAUUGGAAGGGAUCCGGAUGCGGUGAAGAGGAUCGAGGAGACGACGCCGCUGCUGUCGAGCGCGAAGCCGAAAUUGAACCGGAGAGGGCUCAGUCUGGGGCCGGUGGAGAUCGCUUCGAGCGCCGUCAAAUCGCGGCCCUCGAUCAAGGCAGAGAUCACUCCCGCUCUGUCGAUACAGAACCGGAGGAAAUCGUGCUUCUGGAAGCUGGAGGAGAUCGAUGAAUUGAAAGUCACGAAGGAGAGAAGGAAGAGCAUGAGCAUGACCGCAAGCCCCGGUAAUGCGCGCAAAACGUUCCCCAAAGUUCAACCUCAGAAGCAAGCUGCGACGACCGCGGGGUCGAGGAGGUUCACGAAGAAGGAAGAAGCGAUAAUCGCCUCGAUCCAGCCCAAACGCCUGUUCAAAGACGGAGAGAAAUCCGUGCCCGCAAAGAAGCCAGGAAAGCCGGGUCGGGUAGUGCCGAGCCGGUACAACCAGAUCACUGUGAGCGCCGCGAGGAAGAGGUCGUUCCCAGAAAAUAACAACAAGGAUGAGGGCGGCGAGAGGGUAGACAAAAGGCGAGCUUCGGUGGGAUUGAAUACUCAGGGGAACGAGAGCAGAGCGAAGAAGAAGUGGGAGAUUCCGAGCGAAGUGGUAGUCUUCGAAAGUAAGAAGGACGAUUCGGCGGUAGAGGCGCAGAUGCAGACGCCAUCGUCGAUCAGGAGGAUGGGCAGCGUGUUGCCGAAGAUAAGGGCGGUGCGGGGCGUGAAAGACAGCCCGAGGGAUUCGGGAGCCGCGAGGAGAGUGGCCGAUUUGGUCGGGAGGAGGAAUUACUUCGGCAGUGGCAAUGAGGAGGAGGGGGAGUUGCAGAUGCAGAUGCCAUUUUGUCAGGCGUUGAGCUUCAUACGAGAUGAUGAAGAAGAAGAAUAUGAUGAUGAAUGACUGAAUGAAUGAAUGAAUGGAUAAAGGGGAAGAAGUCGGGAUCUUUUCCUGUUUCUUGGUUAUCUUAGGGUGAAUUCUGGGAGUUUAACUGGUCCAAAGAACAGCCCAACAUAACUCUUGUUAUGCUCUGGCUUCUGCUGUGUCGGUAAUGGGAUUUGUAGGUUAAGGAGAUUGCUGUCUUGUUAGUAGUAGUACCUUUUAAGCAAAUAAUGAUUGGAUAAAGCUCCUCUUGCUGUCCUGUUCAA